UAGCAACCCUGGUUUGAGCGGUAUUGGUGUACUUGGUGUAUAUGGUUGUGAUAAAUGACAAUGAAACUGUAACAUUUUAAAUUAGGUGAUCACCAGAACAGGCAUUCAUGAUGCAGCGACGUGGAGGGAAGAGGAUUCGGAUGGAUGAGCCUCCACCACCAGAGUAUGAGUCACCUAUGACUCCAAUGACACCAUUGGAUGGAAGUGGAACGGAACUGCAGGAGCCAUACACACCAUAUACCCCCUACAGCAAUCAGCCUGCCACCCCAAUGCAUACUGGGUCUGACAUGUACAGUGGUGGGGAGUACAGUGAAGCAACAGGGAGCCAAACAUACCAGCAGCAGCAGUUGUACGAACAGCAAACACAGCAGACUCAACAAUUUGACCUAGCCCAGCAGCAGACACUUGCCAGCUAUGAUCAGACAGGCCAGUAUGACCAGCCACCUACACCUGUCAAUAUGGUGGCCCGCGUCCGUGUCACACGUGCACGUGUUCGUGCAGCAGCGGCUGCUGCAGCUCCUCCUCGACCUCCAGCCACCCCAGCACCACUGACAACUACAGUAGUUACUACACGACGGGGUGGUAUAGCAGUAGAGGAGCCAAAAAAGCGACGUCCAGGCAGGAGGCCCAUUUCAGAGCUGAUGGCUGAGGAUGAGAACAGCUUGUAUUACAUCAUCAGACAGGGGAAAGUUUCACUACAGGCAGUUGUGGAUGACUGGAUAGAGAGUUACAAAGUGAAUCGAGAUGCUGCGCUGUUGUCAUUGAUGCAGUUCUUUAUUAAUGCAUCUGGAUGCAAGGGUAAAAUCACAUCAUCCAUGCAGGCUUCCAUGGAACAUGCAGCCAUUAUACGAAGGAUGACAGAAGAAUUUGAUGAGGAAAGUGGUGAGUACCCACUCAUCAUGACAGGCCAGACCUGGAAGAAGUUCCGCAAUAACUUCUGUGACUUUGUGCAGAUCCUCGUCAAACAGUGCCAGUACUCAAUAAUUUAUGACCAGUAUCUCAUGGACAAUGUUAUCUCUCUCCUCACUGGUUUGUCCGAUUCUCAGGUCCGAGCCUUCAGACAUACCGCUACACUAGCAGCCAUGAAGCUGAUGACUGCUCUGGUGGAUGUUGCUCUAACUGUGUCUGUGAACUUGGACAAUACUCAGCGGCAGUAUGAAGCAGAGAGGCAGAAGGCACGUGACAAGAGAGCCAGUGACAGACUGGAGUCCCUUAUGUCAAAACGGCAGGAGCUGGAGGAAAAUAUGGAUGAGAUAAAAAACAUGUUGACCUACAUGUUCAAGUCUGUGUUUGUGCACAGAUACAGGGACACGUUGCCAGAGAUCAGAGCAAUUUGCAUGGCUGAGAUUGGUGUAUGGAUGAAGAAAUUCCACCAGAACUUCCUGGAUGAUUCGUACCUGAAAUAUAUUGGCUGGACUCUCCAUGACAAAGUUGGAGAAGUUCGUCUCAAAUGCUUACAGGCCUUACAGCCACUUUAUGCAAGUGAAGAACUGAAAGGCAAGUUGGAACUUUUCACCAGUAAAUUCAAGGACCGCAUUGUUGCCAUGACACUGGACAAGGAGUAUGAUGUUGCAGUGCAAGCUGUACGCUUGGUCAUCAGCAUCCUCAAGCACCAUCGAGAUAUCCUGACAGACAAAGAUUGUGAGCACGUGUAUGAGCUGGUAUAUUCUUCUCAUCGAGCUGUUGCCCAGGCAGCUGGUGAGUUCCUGAAUGAACGUCUGUUUGUGCCAGAUGAAGAGGCUGUUGCAGGUAUACGCACCAAGCGAGGCAAGAAACGGCUCCCCAACACCCCUCUCAUACGGGAUUUAGUGCAGUUCUUCAUCGAGUCAGAGCUUCAUGAGCAUGGAGCUUACCUGGUGGACUCUCUCAUCGAAUCAAAUGAGAUGAUGAAGGACUGGGAGUGUAUGACUGACCUCCUGCUAGAAGAACCAGGACCAUCAGAGGAAGCACUGGACGACCGACAAGAGACCAGUCUUAUAGAGAUUAUGGUCUGUUGUAUUCGUCAGGCUGCUACAGGGGAGCCACCAGUUGGUCGAGGACCUACACGUAAGAUACUGUCUGCCAAAGAAAUCAAGCAAGUACAGGAUGAUAAACUGCGCCUCACUGAACAUUACAUACAGACAUUGCCUGCUAUGCUGGAUAAGUACCGUGCUGAUCCUGAGAAGUUGGCAAACCUGCUGUCAAUUCCACAGUAUUUUGAAUUGGACAUCUACACAACUUCUCGCCAGGAAACGAAUCUUGACCUGCUGUUGAAGAAGAUGGCGUCAAUUGUAGAAAAGCACCAUGACACAGAUGUACUGGAAACGUGUGCAAAGACGCUGGAACUGCUGUGCACCGAAGGCAAUGCCAUCUUCACUCGCUGCGAUGUGGCACGUUCAACUCUCAUCGACAUGGUCGUCAACAAAUACAAAGAAGCAGUGGAUGACUGGAGGUCACUAAUUGAAGGGGAGGAAACACCAGAUGAAGACGAAACUUUCAACGUAGUAUACAGCCUUAAGAAAGUUGCCACAUUCUACAACUGCCACAAUUUGGGUAACUGGGGCAUUUGGGACUCCAUCUUUAAGGAUAUAAGUGAUGCCAAAGAUGGCAACAAGACCUUACCUGAAGAGGCAGUGCGGUACUGCAUUUCAACUGGUUUCUUUGCUAUACUGUGGGAACUGCGUCAUCUUGAAGAAGUGAUGGAAAAUGGGGCAAAUGGCUCCGAACAACUGCGACAGCUGAAGUCAAGGCUGCACAUGUUCAUGGACACAAUGAAGGAGAUUCUGAUGUCUGGCCAGAACCAGACCUACAUGGAAGAAGCAUACCUCACAAUGUGUGACCUGCUAGUGGUGUUCUGCGACCAGCUGGGCAACAAUCCUCAUCUGGCUGAAUUGGUGUACAAACCAGACCAUAGCCUACAGAUACAACUUAAUGACUUCAUUCAGAAUUAUGUAUUUAUUAUGGAGGAGGAUGAUGAGCAGGAUGAACAUUCUAAGAUUGAGGAGUUGCACAAAAGAAGGAAUUUUUUGGCAUCAUUUUGCAAGCUUAUAGUAUACAACAUGAUGCCUACCAAAGUAGCUGCAGAUGUGUUCAAACAUUAUGUCAAGUACUAUAAUGAUUAUGGCGACAUUAUCAAGGCAACACUAGGCAAGGCUCGAGAAAUCAACAAGACUAACUGUGCUCGGACGAUGGCAAUCAGCUUGACUAUGUUGUUCCGAGAGCUGCAAAGAGAUGGCACUCGUAUAAACAGACAGAGUGAAGACUUUGUCAGCCUGAAGGAACUGGCAAAGAGGUUUGCUUUGUCCUUUGGCUUGGAUGCAGUAAAAAAUCGUGAAGCCAUCACAGCACUGCACCGAGAGGGAAUCUUGUUUUCAGUGAAUCCUCUAGAGAACAGUGAAGAUCCCACUGGGCCACCCCCAAAUUUGCCAUUCCUUGAGAUCUUGACAGAAUUCACCAAUAAACUGCUGAAGCAGGACAAGCGAGUUGUCUUGACUUUCCUGGAUCGUCGUAUUGCUGCCGGAAUGCCAUCAAGUCGUGGUGAAGACUGGCAGCCAUUACUGAUGUACCGUAACAGCUUGGUGCAUGGAGAGACUGACCAGCCUCCUGUCACAUCAAAGCGAGCUUACAGCCGCAAGAAAAAGGACUAUGCAGCAGAGGAAGAGGAACAGGGAGAGGAGGCUGAAGAGGCAACCUCUGACCAGGAGUUCAGCACAGGUUAUUAGUCACACUGUUUUCUGUGCCAGUCACCUGCAAGCCACAGGCUCAGAAUAGUUCUUACUACAAAGUCUGACAUUCCGCAUGAAAUUCGACGGUAUAAUUCAACAGGAUGUGCAUCAAUCAUAUGAACAACAGUUCAGGAGCUGUGAUAAUCAUUACCCUUGAUGGAAACAUUACUGAUUCCUUUUAUUCCAAAUUCUUAUUGUCAUGGUUCCUUUUAUUUCAAAUUUUUGCUGUUUCCAAACAGAAUUUCACCAUGGUACCCUUGUUCCAAAUUCUGUGCAUUGUUUCUGUUAUAUCAAUUCAUAAUAAUGUUGUUCCCUUUGCACCAGAUUCUCAGUACUGUUGUUCCUUUUAUUCCAAAUUCUUAUUUCCAAAUGAAACUUCACCAUGGUUCCCAGUGUUCCAGAUUAUCAAUAUUGUUUCUUAUGUACCAAAUUCUUAAUACUGUUCCGUUUGUACCAAACGUUAAAUACUGUUCCUUACAUGCUAAAUUCUCAGUACUGGGUUUCCUUUAGUUUGGAUUCUUUUCAUUAUGAACCCAGUUAUUUGAAACUCUUGUUAUUUCCAAGGAUAACUUCCCCAUGGUUCCCUGUGUUUCAAAUUAUCAGUAUUAUUGUUUCUGUAGUGCCAAAUUCUUAAUAUUUUUGUUACCUUUGUGCCAAAUUCUCAGUACUCUCUUUCCCUUCUUUGAAAUUGCAGUUACCAAAAAAAGAAUGCACAUCCCUCCAAAAAUCAGUCUGCACAUUUGAAGUUACCAUGAACUCCUUGAAUGUAAAUCCUUAAUGUGUAAUGGGGAUUCCUCCCUGCUUCAGGUGAUAAGUUCUUAAAUGUGACAUGUUGAAGUGGUAAGGGAUUACUGUUCACUCUCUGCACUUAGGUCAUGCCAUUAACAACACAUUUAUACAUUUUCAUAUCCUACUUUCUGCAUAUUAAUUUCAUUACCUCAGUUGUAACAACUGUCAGAUUACAAUAUGUUAUAUAAGUAAUUAAUCAUGCAGUUUGGGUAUGUGUGCUUAUGGUGUAUUGGUGAUUUAGCAGUGAUGUGCAGUAUAAUAUCAAAAUUGGCGCCUAACUUGAAACAAAAAUCAGAACGUCAAUAUGGCUCCACACUUGCCAUUUCAGAUUUGAUUAUUUUUUCUUUAUUCUAAAUAUUUUUGGUUAAUUACCAUGUGAGAAAUGGAAGGGCAUCAUCCUGAUUUUAAUGGAUUUCCUUAUGUACGUGAUAUGGUCAGUGAAUUUUGGCCUGGAAUUUUCUUACAAUUUAAUUCUAAUAGUACCAUUGAAUCAUAGCUUUUCUGAUAAUUUUUUUGAACCCAAAGUCCUCAGGAAGCUGUCAGUUUUGUGAGAUGAUGGUUUUUUGAACAUUAGGACUGUCAGAUGGAGAUUACAUUAAUGCAAGAACUUUGUUAUAUAAUCUCCUCUCCCAUUUUCAUCCUUUUCUUUGCCUUUCCAGUCCUCUUUUUCACACCAUGUGCAUUGUCUUCUUCACCAUUUUUCUUCUUUUGUUUUCCCCGUUCUCCUCAUCUUCAAUGUCCAUAUAUGCACAGUUGUACAUCAGGAUCUCAAAGGGCCAAGCCUCUGUGGUUGUGCUUUCCAGUGCAGUUAUACUUGAGAAUGGACACCAAAGGGCUUAUUUAAUCUUGGCAGACAUGUCAUGUAUAGAAUCUUCUUGUAUUGCAAGAUUUGAGGGUCUUAUGGCAGUGACUGUGAGGGCCACUGUCUUCUGGGAUGUGGCUACGUAUAGUCUGGUAGACUGUUACCAGCAUUUUGGAGAAAUAUACUACCUGCAUCUUCAGAGCAGAAGAGUGAACUUUACCCUUCUGUCCUGAAGGUGCA